AUGAGGGCCUGCGUGCCCUUGAUAGUGGCCAUGCUCUGCAGCCUGGCCUGGGCUGGAAAAAUGGAGUCAUGUGCGUCUCGCUGUAAUGAGAAAUUUAACCGGGAUGCUGCUUGCCAGUGUGACCGCCGGUGUCCCCGGCACGGGGACUGCUGUGAAGACUAUGACCAGCUGUGUACCGUGGAAGAGGACCCCAACAAGCCAGAGCCAUUCCUGGAGCUGGAGGAAGAGACAGAGGCCCCAGCGAGCCACUUGUACUCGGCGCCCAGCUCCUGCCGGGACCGCUGCCAGGAGGCCUUCGACAGGCACCAACCAUGCCACUGUGAUGCCCGCUGCCCAGAGUUUGGGAACUGCUGCGAGGAUUUCGAGAGCCUGUGUGGCCACGAGGGCUUCUCCUACAGCAGUGACGCCAUAACCAAUGAGGAACUGCAGAGCAUCUCUGAGAAGAUCUACAGGGCAGACACCAACAAAGCCCAGAAGGAAGAUGUCAUUAUUAACAGCCAAAACCGCAUCUCGCCCUCGGAGACCAGAGACCAAGUGGACUGCUGCCCAGAGCCGCUCUUCACAUAUGUCAACGAGAAGCUGUUUUCCAAGCCGACCUACGCCGCAUUCAUCAACCUCCUCAACAACUACCAGCGGGCCACGGGCCGUGGGGAGCACUUCAGUGCCCAGCAGCUGGCCGAGCAGGAUGCCUUCCUCAGAGAGGUCAUGAAGACCGCGGUCAUGAAGGAACUCUAUGCCUUCCUCCAUCACCAGAACCGCUACAGCUCGGAACAAGAGUUUGUCAGUGACUUGAAGAACAUGUGGUUUGGGCUCUAUUCAAGAGGCAAUGGAGAGGAAGACUCAAGUGGCUUUGAACAUGUCUUCUCAGGUGAAGUCAAAAAAGGCAAAGUCACUGGCUUCCAUAACUGGAUCCGCUUCUACAUGCAAGAGAAGGAGGGCCUGGUUGACUAUUACAGUCACAUCUAUGACGGCCCUUGGGAUUCUUACCCCGACGUGUUAGCCAUGCAGUUCAACUGGGACGGCUACUACAAGGAAGUGGGCUCAGCCUUCAUCGGCAGCAGCCCUGAGUUUGAGUUUGCGCUCUACUCCCUGUGCUUCAUUGCCAGGCCCGGCAAAGCGUGCCAGUUAAGCCUGGGUGGAUACCCCUUGGCCAUCCAGACCUAUACGUGGGACAAGUCCACCUAUGGAAAUGGCAAGAAAUACAUCGCCACAGCCUAUGUGGUAUCUUCCACCCAAUAG